AUUCAGCCUUCAAAUAUGUAGUUUCAUGAACCACACUUCUUCUUCAAUAUUAAAAUUUCUCAUCUUCCAUGGCCUCUCUUCUUCCUCUAAAACUUUUCCUUUUCUUUUCCCUUCUUGUCACUUCCACUUAUUCCUCAACUCAAAUUCCUCAGCAAUAUGUUGUAUAUAUGGGAAGUUCGUCAAAUGAAAAUAUUGCAGAGGAUACUGAGUCGGCUCAUUUGCAGUUGUUAUCAUCCAUUAUACCAAGCCAUGAGAGUGAAAGAAUAUCUCUAAUUCAUCAUUAUAAUCAUGCUUUUAGUGGAUUCUCUGCCAUGCUUACACAGACCGAAGCUUCUCUAUUGUCUAGGCAUGAAAGAGUUGUGUCGGUAUUUAAAGAUGCAACACUUAAACUCCAUACAACUCGUUCUUGGGAUUUCUUGGACGCAAAUUCAAGAUUGCAAUCCCAAUCCACUCAUAUGGAUUCUCACUUUUCAAGUGAUGUAAUUAUUGGAGUCAUCGAUACAGGAAUAUGGCCUGAGUCUCGAAGUUUCUAUGACAAUGGAAUGGGAGAAAUCCCUUCAAGGUGGAAAGGAGUUUGUAUGGAAGCCUAUGAUUUCAAAAACUCCAACUGUAACAGGAAGCUGAUAGGAGCAAGAUAUUAUGACAAUAACCCAAUACCAACCAAAAAUAGCAAGUCCCAUGAGUCCAAACCAAAUGGUUCACCAAGGGACUACAUUGGUCACGGCACCCACACUGCGUCUAUAGCCGGUGGUGCUAAAGUGGCUAAUGUAAGUUACCAUGGGCUAGCAUCAGGCUCAGCCAGGGGUGGCUCACCUUCAUCAAGGCUAGCCAUCUACAAAGCUUGUUCAUCGGACGGCUGUGCUGGCUCCAUAAUUUUGAAGGCAAUAGAAGAUGCAAUUAAAGAUGGUGUUGAUUUAAUUUCAAUUUCUAUUGGAAUGAGUUCAAAUUUUGAAGCGGAUUACCUAAAUGACCCUAUAGCAAUCGGGGCAUUUCAUGCCGAAGAGAGGGGUGUUAUGGUAAUAUGUUCUGGAGGAAAUGAAGGACCUGAUCCUUAUACUAUUGUCAAUUCAGCUCCUUGGAUUUUUACUGUUGCAGCUUCUAGUAUUGAUAGAGAUUUUCAAUCUACUGUUAAGCUUGGAAAUGGGAAGACUUUUCAAGGGUCUGCAAUUAAUUUCUCAAAACUCAAUCGAUCAAGAACUUAUCCUCUGGUAUUCGGAGAAGAUGCUGCUGCCAAAUUUACUCCUUUAUCAGAAGCAAAAAACUGCUAUCCGGGAUCAUUAGACGCCGAGAAAGUUGCCGGCAAGAUUGUCAUCUGCGUAGCCGACGAUUUUACGGUUACAAGACAAAUCAAGAAAUUAGUUGUGCAAGAUGCCAAAGCCAAAGGCUUAAUUUUAAUCAACGAAGAUGAGAGAGCCGUUCCCUUUGACUCCGGCGAUUUUCCGUUCUCAGAACUCGGCGAACUCGCCGGAACUCAGCUUCUUAAUUACAUUAAUUCUACAAAAAAGCCGACGGCGACAAUCUUUGCUGCUGUGGAGGUUCCGAGGUGUAGACCGGCGCCGGUGGUUGCGUAUUUUUCUUCCAGGGGACCGUCGCAGCUUACGGAAAAUAUUCUCAAGCCGGAUAUAAUGGCUCCCGGAGUUGCCAUUUUAGCAGCCAUGGUUCCGAAAAAUGAGUCGGGAAUGGGAUCGGAAUAUGCAAUAAAAUCUGGUACGUCCAUGGCUUGUCCUCAUGUAACCGGAGCUGCUGCGUUUAUUAAAUCCGUUCACCGUCGAUGGAGCUCUUCGAUGAUUAAAUCUGCACUUAUGACCACGGCCACCAUCUAUAACAAUAUGGGAAAACCCUUGACAAACAGUUCAAAUUCAUCUUCAAACUUGCACGAAAUGGGAGCUGGAGAAAUAAACCCACUUAAUGCUCUUAAUCCAGGUUUAGUUUUCGAAACAACAACACAAGACUAUCUUCAAUUCCUAUGUUACUACGGAUACUUAGAAAAAAACAUAAGAUCAGUCUCCAGCAAAUCAAAUUUCAACUGUCCAAAAAACAGCAUUGACCAACUAAUCUCCAACGUUAAUUACCCAUCAAUCUCCAUCAGCAACCUUGACAGACACCAAACUGCCAUGACGACCGUUAAAAGAACUGUCACGAACGUUGGAUCUCCGAAUAGCACUUACGUUGCGAAAAUUCAGGCUCCUCCGGGACUAGAGGUUGAGGUUUUGCCGAAGAAACUUCGAUUUAAAGAAGGGUUAUCGAGAAUUUCUUUUGAGGUGUGUUUUAAUGGAAAAAUGGUGAAACAUAGAUAUAAUUAUGGGUCUGUUACUUGGGUUGAUGGCAGACAUUCUGUUCGUUUAGUGUUUACGGUAUAUGUUAAAUAGUAAGAAAAGUAAGUGACAAUAUUUUGUAUCCAUAUAAGUAAAAAAAAGGCUGCAUUUUCUUUUAUAAAUAUGAGUGACUACGAUUGAAAUGUAUUUAUAAAAAUUAGAUUAAAAUUAAUAUUUAUGAAAGAUAUAAUUGUUUUUUUUUAAA